UCAAAAUAAAUACACUUAACUAUUACCUUUUAAACAGGGAAUCAACAAGUUCUUGAGGUGCCUUCUUACCACAUCAACAUUUGCAAGUAAUUUGAUUCCUUUCCAAAAUGAAUUCCUUAGAUUAUGGCCACAUUAACAUGGAAUCAAAACGUGUAAGCAAGAGGCACAGAUUGCUUAGCAGACACCCAACCUUUCCGCCUGCAUAUAUAUAUAAAUAAAAGCAACACCAUUUCAUGAGCGUUGUCAGACAAUUUCUUGAUGAUCAGACAAACUCAACAAUGGCAGCAAUUCUCGUACUCCUCGUCUUGGCGGCUUUUCUAGUUUUGAACUGUGAAUCCAUCAGCCGAGCUGAUUUUCCGGAGGGGUUCACUUUUGGAACCGCUUCUUCAGCUUACCAGUUUGAAGGGGCUGUCAAUGAAGGAAAUAAAGGAGACAGCAUAUGGGAUACCUUCACCAGAAAACCAGGAAGAAUAUUGGAUUUCAGCAAUGCAGACACAGCGGUUGAUCAGUAUCAUCGGUUUAAGAGUGACAUAGACUUGAUGAAGGACUUGGGAAUGGAUGCUUAUAGAUUCUCAAUAUCGUGGUCAAGAAUCUUGCCAAAUGGAACUGGGGAACCGAAUCAGGAAGGGAUAGAAUACUACAACAAUCUGAUAGAUGCUUUGCUAGAUAAAGGAAUCCAACCCUAUGCAACUCUGUACCAUUGGGAUCUUCCGCAGAUUCUUGAAGACAAAUAUGGAGGACUGUUGACCAAUCAAGUAGUAAAGGAUUUUGAAAAUUAUGCUUAUAUCUGUUUCAAAGCUUUUGGGGAUAGAGUGAAACAUUGGAUGACUUUCAACGAGCCUCAUGGUAUUGCAAUCCAGGGCUAUGAUUUAGGGAUUCAAGCUCCGGGCAGAUGCUCUAUCCUCGGACACCUAAUCUGCAAAGCCGGAAAAUCAUCUGUCGAACCUUACAUAGUAGCUCACAACAUCCUCUUGUCUCAUGCUGCUGCUUAUCACAUUUAUCAGAAUCAUUUCAAGGAAAGGCAACAAGGCAAAGUUGGGAUAGCUCUCGAUGCUAAGUGGUACGAACCGAUAUCUAACGCAGAUGAGGAUAUAGAUGCUGCAGGGAGAGCCAUGGAUUUCGGACUUGGAUGGUUCCUUGAUCCACUUCUCCUUGGGAAUUAUCCUCUUUCAAUGCAGAAGUUGGUGGCUGAAAGACUCCCUGAAAUCACUCCAGAGACAUCUCGAUUCCUCAAAGGAUCCCUUGACUUUGUCGGCAUAAAUCAUUACACUACCUUAUAUGCCCGUAAUGAUAGAACUCAUUUUCGUAAGCUCAUAUUGCAGGACGCCUCAUCCGACUCUGCUGUAAUUGCCACAUCUUCAAAGCACGGAAUCGCCAUUGGAGAAAGAGCUGCAUCCAGUUGGCUACACAUUGUCCCGUGGGGCAUCAGGAAGUUGGCAAACUAUAUUAAAGACAAGUACGGGAAUCCACCGGUAAUUAUAACUGAAAACGGGAUGGAUGAUCCUAAAAGAUCUCAUCGAGCAUUGCCUAAGGCUUUGCAGGACGAUAAGAGAAUAAAUUAUCACCGCGACUAUCUCUCUAACCUAUCUGCUGCUAUAAGGCAAGACAAUUGUGACGUUCGUGGUUAUUUCGUAUGGUCAUUGCUUGACAACUGGGAAUGGAACAUGGGAUAUACUGUCCGGUUUGGGCUCUACUAUGUGGACUACAAGAACAACCUUACCAGGAUACCUAAGUCCUCAGUCAGUUGGUUCAGAAACAUGCUAACAACAUCAAGAACACAACUGGGUGUUCGAUGGCAAUAAAAUCUUGCCUGAUUAUAGACCACAUCUGUACAUGUUGUACCAUACAACAAAUGCAUUAUGCGAUUCUUAAGCUCAUAUGAUCAAUACAUUGGCUGGCUGAUGAAGCCUUUGAUUCUGUUCCA